AUGUCAACUGUUGACAUUGAUACUAAUACAUUCAAGCCAGCUCUAAUCAUAGUAGAUCUUCAAGAAGAUUUCUUACCUCCAAAUGGUUCUCUAGCUGUAGCCAAUGGUCGGGACACAAUUCCCAUCAUCAACAACCUCCUCAAUCUUCCAUUUCAUCUUAAGAUCGCAACUAAAGAUUGGCACCCUUCAAAUCAUACAUCUUUUGCGUCAAAUCAUCCAGGUACAAAACCAUUUACAGAUUUCACUACCAUAAUCAAUCCGUCCAAUCCUUCUGAGACUUAUAAAACUCGUCUCUGGCCACCUCACUGUGUUCAGAAUACUCUCGGUUCUGAGUUCCCCUUUGAACUAAACACAACACAAAUCACCAAGACACUUCUCAAGGGACAACAUCCUGAUGUAGAAGUGUACUCGGCAUUUUACGAUCCCUUGAAGAACCCUCGGUGUAGUGAUAGUGGCCUGGCAGGCCAAUUGAAAGAUGAAGGCAUUACCGAUGUCUAUGUAGUAGGUCUAGCAGCCGAUUACUGUGUCAAGUGCACAGCUGAAGAUUCCGCCAAAGAGGGAUUUAAUACUUUUAUUCUAGAAGAGGGGACUCGAGCUGUUGAUCCCGCAGAAUGGGAGAAGAUAAGAUCGAGUUUGGAAGGAAUCCAAGUUGUGAGUGUGAAUGGCGAAGAAGUUGGGCGAGUACGAAAUUUGAAGUGA